AAAAAAGUGAUUUAUUUAAGCAAGAAUCAGAAAAAGGAAACAAAAAACAAUGAUUUUAUGUAUGUUUAUAAGUUCCGUUUUUCCUGAUUUAGCUUACAAAAUACCUCGAGCUCUGUGUUGAUCUGUAAAGAAUGACUAUUUUUGUUGUUUGUUUUCAACCCAUUUAUGGUUUAUAUCUUCUUUUGUUGUUUCUGUGUCUUUCUGAGAUUACCAUAGAAAAAAUGGGUAUAGUUGUACCAUAUACUAGUAACAAAGCACUAUUUCCAAUACCCUUUUUUGUUUAUGAUAUAAAGAUGAAAACUUUGAUACCAAAAUGACAAUGACUUGGUGGUUUUCUUUUUUGGGUCAUUUUUUAUUUUUGUGGAUUUAUGAUUGGUAGUAUUAAUUUCGAUGAUGAUUCUUAGUACUAUUUUUGUUCAAGUGUUUUUGCUUUAUACUGUUAUUAUUAUUUCCUUUUGUGGUUGCAAUAUCAUUUUUUUAAGCUUUCAUAAUGCCUUUUGGAUUAGCUAGCUUAUGAAAGAAAAUAUGCUAUUUUUUCCUUUCUUUCUUGGAUCUUUUUCUUCUUUGUGCACUCAUAUGGGUUGAUUUAUCAUAUUCUUUGGAAAUUAGCAUAGACGAGGAAGCUUCUGAGAAAGGUUCAUGGAAUUUUUCUUGGUCAAAUCUUUAUGCUUUUUUAGGGUAAAAGGGAAGGGACUAAAUUUUUCUCUAUGUACCGACAAGUCCCUAAGAAAAGAGACUCUUCUUGUUUUUUUGUUUUGGUCAACUAGUCUAGUGGUUAGAAUAUCACCUUUAAGUUGAAUAAGUGGAAGUAUAGGGUUUGAACCCCGGUCCCUGCAUAUUACAUGCAAUGUCUCUACUAACUGAGCUAAGCUCACGGAGACUGAAAAGAGACUCUUCUAUUACAUAAUGGAUUGAUCUUUGCUUCUAUGAUGGUUUAAACUUCAGCACCAAAGCCAGCAUUUAAGAUGUUAGAAGUAGGUUUUUUUCCCUUCUUAGAUUUGAGCAUUAAAGAUUAUGCUUUUUCAGGUUUAGGUUGAUUGGUUUCUGGCAUUUAUGAUUUGAAGGUUUGGUUGUUGGUCUUUUAAUUUUGUUAACUAAAAUAAACCAUGUGCCAAGAUCUGUGUAUUGUUGGAAGCACAAAUAUGUCACAUCAUUUUUGGGGUUGUUGUUAUUGUUGUGGGGUCUCAUUCAAUGACUGACUCAUGGCAUUGCUGUGAUAAAUGUGAAUUAUUGGAAUUGGAAUCUGAAGGUUUCUCAUGUUGAAAGUGAAGUUUAGUAGGUAGUGCAUGUUAGGAUUCAAAGGUGGCAUCGUGAUUUCGUCGAAGCUUCAAAAGCGAAGCUUUGUUAAAAUUUACAGUGUUGCCGUGAUUUCGUCAAAUUUAGUACUAAUCACUUGUAGGAAGAGUUCAGGAGUGAAUUAGACAUCACACGCUUAUAGAAUUUGCAGAUUAUUGUGAUCAUUUGUAUAUGAAUUUGUGAGUCCUGGAAAUGGAGUGGAACGCGAAAUCUCCCGGGCAAUGGGACUGGGAAAACUUGUUCUUGUUGAAUUCAAAGGCAACAGAAAAUCACAGGUUACAGUCUACUGAUUGGAGUGCGGAGACAGACCGAGAAAUCAAUGUCGGAGUGUUGUUUCCAUCAGGUGAUAAUGGUUAUUCCAUGUCGAAACUAGCACACGGUUCAUCCUCGAGGAGCUCAAAAUCUCCUUCCAAUAAUUCAUCAUCAAAUGGAGAAAGCAAGACCUCUAUGUUAACUCAAGAAGGUUCUCAAGACAAUUCCACCGGUAAGAAAGAAUUGUCUAAAGGAGAUCCAUUUGAAACUUCUCCAGCAGCAGAACCAUUGCUCACACUAAAGCUUGGUAAAAGAUUCUACUUUGAGGAUGUUUGCCCUGAAACUCAUUCCAAGAAAGCCUCUUCCUCUGCGGUUCCGCUUUCAUGCAAAAAGAAAGGUAAAUCGAAAAGUCCGGACUUACUACAGCCAAGCUGCCAGGUGGAAGGCUGUGGCCUUGACCUAUCUUCUGCUAAAGAGUACCAUCGAAAACAUCGUGUAUGUGAAAGUCAUGCCAAAUCACCUAUGGUGGUUGUAGCCGGUUUAGAGCUACGAUUUUGCCAGCAAUGUAGCAGGUUCCAUUCUGUGUCAGAGUUUGAUGAUAAAAAAAGAAGCUGCAGACGACGUCUUUCAGAUCACAAUGCAAGGCGCCGCAAACCUCCGCCUGAAGCAGUGCAACUGAAUCCAUCAGCUCUGCAUUCUUCACCCUAUGGUAUAACUCUCAAGAAUCGGAGGCAAAUAAUGGGCUCGUUCGAUUUUUCAAGGACUGCUACAAAUUUACCAUGGCAAGGCAUACUAAGUAGCAAGCUCCCCCAAACAAAAGAUUUUAUGCUCAAACCUCCAAAAGCCACCUUCAACAAGAUUGUCACUAUGCUUUCUGAUGAUUCCAAUGGCCAUCUUGCAUCCAAAGGCACAGGAUCCAAGAGUACAUUUCCAGAAGAUCAAGCUACCUUGUCUGAUCCAAAUGCUACACAAGAUGUUAACCGUGCUCUCUCUCUUCUGUCAACCAAUUCAUGGGGUGCAUAUGAUACCAAGUCCCUCUCCCUCGAUCACUCCAACCGAACAACCGGUACUACUCAGUCUAUAACACACACAAUUUCUCAGCGCUCUCCAUUUCCGUCGUCCGAAUACUGGCACACUGAUCAGCAACACACCAACUCCAGCACCUGUAUCUCAUUCUCAGGUUACGACAAUAGCAGUCGCUUUCAAGACUUUCAGCUUUUCAAUGCACCCUUUGAGUCAAGUUUCCCUUGCAGCCAGCUGGAUUAAUGAGUAUGCUUAUUAUCUUUAAACAAACAAAAUGAGUAUGCUUAUUUAAAUGGUCCCAACCCCAUUAUGUCACUGUGUUACAUAUGUUUUGUAGGGCCUAAUUAUCUUUUGCAAUGUUGGGGUUUGUUUUUUAAGAGUACUAGUCAGAAAACUUGUUUGGAUGUUGAUUGUUAACUCUAUUUUCUGAAUAGCUUAUUGCAGUGAUCUAAAAAUUGACUUUAUUUACACCAAA